AUGCUAAUCCGGGACCAUCACGCAAAAGAUCCAUAUGAACAAGGACUCUGGUGCAAUGUGCUUGGAGAAUACCUGGAGCCAUCUACGAUCGAACCAUUUGACUUUUUCCCCCAUCUCUUGCGAGAAGAGAUUAUGCAAAAGUUCUUUGGAUCCAGCAGCGCAAACGAGUUAUACUCUCCGCGAAACGGCUUGCUUAUGAACAGGCGAAUUGAGAAACAUUUUUGUGAAUUCUCUAUUGUUAUUGUUCCUAUCAACGAUCCUAUGACCCAUCGCCGCUGGAAAACUAUGGUACUGAAUAAAAGGCUUUUGAAUGAACAAAUAUCUGAAGGAAGCUCAGAAACCUUUAAAAUCAUUCAUGAUAAGGAGUUGACUUUCAAGGGUAAAGCUCGACCUGCAGCACGUUAUGCGUAUUUCCACUACAUGGUAGCGAUGAUGAAAAUAGCAGCAACCACAGAACUUGGUAUUUUAUCUUCUGAUUAUCAAACCAAUUGUUGGGAUGAGCCUACUUUUCGCCGAUACCUUGUAUUUGAUAGCUUAUCAAAACUUACUGAAGAGAUUGGGAAAUGCACCUUAAGCGAACUGCCAGAGAUUAGAAAGCGUUUUUUUGGCCAGAGCGCUUGGGAGACAGGUAAUGAGGAAACGACGGCAAAGUUGGUAGUUGACGCUUUGAAUAAAAGAAUGCAAGGUUAG